UAAAGAAUAGCAAUAAUCCUCAUUCCAAAAGGGUUUAAAUGUUAGGUAAAUAACCUUCUACUCCAGUGUGCUGAUAGAUGGACUCUGCCUGGAAAAUGCGGGGUGACUCAGGCGGUGCAUGUUCUCGUUAGGAGGAAACUAACGCUCCUAUUCCCGCGACAUCAUCAUCAUCCCACAUAAGUGGAGCUCCUCAGUCCUGCACGGCAGCCGCUCCUGGAUGCGUGCUGAGCGGCGCCACAAGAGGAGCGGAGCGCUCUCCCACCUGGACUCACCGUUGCAUCAAAUUAAAGAAAAUAAUAACAAUUACAGAGGACGCCUAUUUGAUUUAGGAGGAGCUAAUCCUCCACCAGUGGGGGGGAAGGGGGAUGCCAUCCACGGAUCGAUCAGUUGGAGCGCGUUGAGGCUCAGAGCUAUGCAGUCUCUUUUCGGAGGAGGGGAGCUGGGGCUGCUGGGAGGAGGAGGCGGCGACGCAGGAGGCCUAAAGGAGGAUGGCUGCGGCACCAUGGCGUGGAGGACCUCGCCUCUUCCGACUGACGAUGUGUACUCUGCUUCCCACUUCACACUCAUCUCCGCCUAUCAGGAAAUCAAAACCAGACUGGCCACCCUGGAGCGAGAAAACACCAGCAUCAAGAGGAAGCUGAAGAUCUAUGAGAUCAAGUUCCCCAUGAUCAGCGAGUUUGGGGAAGACACCAACUCCUACUGCUCAUUUGAGAGUAAAGACACGGUGCUGCUGCAGUCAGAAAACGGCAACCUGCACCAGAGAGUCAACGUCCUGACCCAUGAGCUCCAGAAGAGAAAGGAAAGAGAGGAGCAGCUGGAGGAUGUGAUCCAGGCCUACGAGAAGAUCCACAUGGAAAAGAACAACCUCCAGAGGGACCUUGACAAGAUGACAAAUCUGGUGGAGAAACAUGUUGAGCGUAUCCUCAACCUGGAGUCUGCGCUGAGGCAGAGGGACGAGUCCAUGCAGAAGCUCAACAUGCAGCUACACAGCAAAGACAUGCAGUAUCUGCAGCUUCACGCUGGCCCUGACAAACACAUGUUGGACUGUCCAGCCCUGACCCUUCAGAGCUCACGCAGCCUGGACGCCCUGUCCGACCUGAAGCUGCAGCGGCUGGAGGCGGAGCUAGAAGGGGCACGGCAUGAAGCCCAGGGGGCAUGUCAGCGGGAGGAGGAGAGGAAGGCAGAGGUAGAGCGACUGAAAGAUGAGAUCCAGCAGCUGCAGAACGACCAGAGGGAGCGGGAAAUGACUUCCUCGUGCAAGCAGUGCGAUGUAGAGUGGAUAAAGAAGGUGGGCGAUGAGCAGGUGAAUUUGGCUCUGGCCUACACAGAGUUAACGGAGGAACUGGGACGCCUCCAAGCGCUGUGCUCCAAGCAGACGGAGAUCCUGAGAAAAGCGGCGCAGGAACCCGCCAGUCCAGUGCAGCUUCACUCUCCCAUCCACCACCAGCGUCACUCUCCGGUGUCCCAGCGCCACUCGCCCAUCUCUCAGCGCCAUUCACCAGUGCCGCCACAUCACUCCCCGAUCCAGCAGCGGCGUUCUCCGGUGUUGCAGCGUCUUUCUCCUGACAUGCAUCGCCGCUCCCCACUCCUGGACGUCAGCGAUGGACCUGCCUCUUAUUCCUACCGACCGCCCACCCAGCACCUGAGAGCCAGUUUCCAGGGUCGCCGUAGUUACUCAGAGGUAGCCGACCCCUCAGCUUACCAAUGCCCACCUCGUUUCUCCUUAGACCCAGUUUCUACCCUGCCAAAGCCACGGCCCUAUGUGGAGGGCUACCAAAAGCAGCAGUCCCAACACAUCAGCUCCUCUCACAGCGGACUGCAGCACCGAGGAUCCCCGUCCCCCCUUCAAGCGGGUGGAGACAGCAGCAUGGGUGAGAGCUCCAUGCGCCACUCUAGAGAGAUGCCUUUCCCUCUGUCAGAGGUGGCUCACCUUCAUUUUGAGCCCCCUCCUCCUUCCACGCCUGCCCCCCAACCACCACAGUCUUCUGAGGAUGAGGAGGAGUGGACCUGCCCACAUCCCAUCAGCCCCCCGAGGACUCUGGGUGUUCUCUCUCCUGGUCUACCCAGCAGCGUCUUGAGGGGCCCGGCGUCCUGCAUAGCCUUUCCCAUCCCUCAGAGGCCCAAUAACCUCAGCUGCCAUCCGCAGCAGGGAUACACAACAUCAGAGCACGCCCAGUCCUGGCCUUCCAUCAAU